UCAUCCGAUUCGAUGAUUUCAACACAUCAUAAAUGUUUGAUAGCAAGAAAAAUUGCUGCACAAAUGUAAACAUCAAAAUCAUUACAUUGAAAACAAGUGACUAAUUAAAUAAAAACACUCAUUGUGUGUGGUUCGACGUUGUUGUAUGGGAAAUCACAGCUAAUUUUCCAGUUCAAAUUAUUUUUUAUUUUUAGUUUUUCUACCACUCAUUACUCAUACGCACAUACAAAGUGUACUUGUAUGUAAGCACAAAACGAAAAGUCUAGCACAAAUACACGAAAGAAAAAAGAAAGACUACAGAACGAGAAACGGUAAAUUUAUUACGUUUCAAAUGUCCAUUUUUGUUUCGUUGUGUCAUAUUAAAUUCGAAAUUGAUUUAUCGGCGGCUAUGGACGGCACAAACAAUAGUGAAGGUGCGGCAGCAGUUUGUCUGCGACAAAAUCCACACAAUGAUCAACGACAACCGAGAAAAAUUAUCGUCGAAAAUUUUUCUAAUAAACAAAAGGACAACGGUGUCAAUGAUGAAAAGGGAAUUUUACCGUCCGGUUCGCGUGAAACAACACCGAUGACGGAAGAAAUUAAAAUUACCAUCGACGAAAAAGGUUUUUUCUCCGGCAAUCCAUUUGUUGAAGUCACCAAAGGCAUCAUACACAUUUAUAAGAAAAAUGAACGAACCGAAGUUACUGACGGUGUAUCGAAAAUGCUGUGUUUAUUGGCCGUACCAGCCACCCUCAAUUGUCAUGAUAUUCUGAAUUUUGUUGCACCAUGCCAUUCGACCAUUCAACAUGUUCGCAUCAUUCGAGACGGGACUCCAAAUCAAUUCAUGGUGUUACUUGACUACAAAGCCACCAAUCACACGUAUGCACUGCAAUUGGGUACAAAUCGUGUAUGGGAUUAUGCCGGCGAUAAUUUUGUACAUCGUUUGCUGCAAAGUAAAGGUGAUGGCAAAUUGGUUGCACACACUCAAUCGCCGAAUGCUGAAAGUGCCGAUAGCGAUGAAAAAAUUGAUUCACUUCAACUUGAAUUUACGUAUGCAUUGACAUCGCAAUUACAAAAGCAGCGAGAAUAUUAUGAAGAAAAAUUGGCGCGGCUGGAAAGCAAAAUCGAGGCGGAAUCAAAACAAUUUCAAGUAAAAAUCGACACAUUUAUUCGUGAUUACACCGAUUUGGACGCAAAGUACGGAACAUUGCGAAAAGAAAAGAACGGAAUGGAAAAGAAAUUGGCUCAAUUGAGUACAAAAUUAACCAACUACCAAAAGGAACUGAACGACGAACGUGAAAUGAUCAAAGCACUGCGAUCGAAUCAAAGUGAAUGGGAGGCAAAGUGUUCACAAUUAGAGGAAAAAUAUAAAAAGUAUCAAACCGAAAAAGAGACUGAAAUUGGUGAACUAAAGGAUGAAAUUCGUGAUCUCAUGUUUUAUAUGGAAGCUCAAAAUGCUGUCGCAAAUUCACAUCUGAAAGAUGAAAUCGACGAUACAUCCAUCACCAUCUCACCACCGUCCAACCCCGAAGCUUCUGGCUCAAAGAAAACACGACGAAAGAAGAAAUAAACGAAAAUCACGCUUCAACUCUUUAACGCUUUAUAUUUCAGACAUUGUGAUCAUUUUGCUUUUAAAAAACCAGCGAACAAAAAAAAAACAAAACCUAUUUAUUGUUUACAACAAAGAAAAUUAAUACAUUUUUAACUCCCACGAAACAAAUUA